AUGCAUCCGACCGACAACUCGACCCAGGAGUAUGAUCUCGGCGCACGGAAAGACGACAUACCCCUCCCCAGUGAGGAGGUAGUUGAUGAGGAGAACACACAGACAGAUCACUUCAACUUUCUCACAGGUUGGCGUUUUUACGUAGUCGCAGCAGUGCUGCAGCUUGCUCUGUUCCUCGUGAACUUUGAGAUCACUAUUGUGAGCACCGCACUUGUGUCUAUCUCGAAUGACCUCAAUGAUUUUAGCAAGACGAGCUGGGUCGUCACAGCAUACUUGAUCACCUAUACAGCCGGUCUCGUCAUCGUAGCUAAGCUCAGCGACAUCUUCGGACGCAAGCGAACCUACCUCGUGGCACUAUUGAUAUUCACUGCAUUCUCGGGGGGCUGUGGUGGUUCCCAGACGAUUGUUCAGCUUAUCGUCUUCCGGGCGUUUCAAGGCGUCGGUGGAGGGGGUCUCUACGCCGUCGCCUUCGUCAUGCUCUUUGAGCUUGUCCCAAAGAGCAAGUACCCUCUUCUAUUAGUGACUUCGGUGGCUUUGGCGGUUCUAGGUAACGCGCUUGGCCCUAUAUUCGGCGGACUGAUCACUCAGCGCUCGACCUGGAGAUGGGUUUUCCUUCUUAAUGUCCCCGUCGGCGCUGCCGCUAUACUCUGCGUGCUUUUUGCCGUGCCUAAUGACUACCCCUAUCAGGGAUUAUAUACAGAGAAAUCAAGAUCCAAGCCGAAGCUAUCCAGCAUCGACUUCGCCGGCGGUUUCCUUAUGUUGUUGGCCCUGGCACUUCUGAUCACCGGACUCAACGAGGCUGCAUCUACUCUAACAUGGAUCUCCGGUACUGUUCUUGCACCUAUAAUCGUGUCCGCUUUCGCCUGGGGCGCAUUCUUUAUCUGCCAGUGGUGGUAUUCGCACUCCGGAAGCUCUAUUCAGUCGGUGUUCCCUUGGAGGUUCUGCAAAAGCCGGCUGGUUAUGGGCAUUAUCCUAAACUCCUUCUUCACGGGAACAAUCAGCAUUACAUUAAUUAUUUUGCUGCCACUUCGCUACCAAACUACUUUAGGGGUAGGACCUCUUGAGGCUGGAGUUAAACUGCUCCCGUUCGUGUUACUUACGUCCACCGGCGCUGCUUUGACAGGAGCACUAGUCAAGGGCCGUCGGCUCGCUCCCGUGUAUGUUGCGCUAUGUGGCAUCAUUCUCCAGAUCGCUGGGCUCGCUGCUCUGCCCUCUAUUGAAACAAGUAAUACUGGGGUUUAUGGACUUCAGGUGAUAAUCGGGCUAGGCGCUGGCUUCAACAUCGGUGUCGUCACCCUAAUGACUCCUUAUGUCGUCGAACACAAAGACCUGGCUGUCGCUACCGCCGCCGGCACUCAGUUCAGGUUCCUAGGCAGCGCAGUCGUAGUUUCCAUCACCACCGCAGUCGGCAAUAGCCUAGCGAAAGCGAAACUUCUUGGCAUUUUGACCCCUCAGGAGAUUCAAGAAGUCUUUAGGUCGUCAGCAAGCAUCGACAAGUUAUCGCCGCAGCUCGAGAUCAUGGUGAGAAAGGAUUUCGUUAGCAGCUUCGAUGUUCAGUUCCGCAUUGUCCUCGGAUUUGCUGUUGCCUCGCUUAUUAGCAUCUCAUUGCUUUGGAAGAAAAAGCAAAUUAUGGUAGAUUGAUCAAGGCAGAUAUCAAGUCUUUACUACACUCAGUUGUCGGACAUGGGAAACUACUUGUAUAAUGUCUGGACAUUGUGUUAUGAUUGGAUUGACUCCGGUGACCGAGCUCUUGAUCGAGGCGACUUCCUCAAAACUCACAGUUAUCUU